CACCCACAAAGUUUCCAUUGGUUGUCUCUUCUGAUUCAGAUUUAGAAAUACAUCUCUUCUCAGCUCAGUGAGCUCUUUGACAGCUGACUUGCAGCUUCAUUUUAAAACGUAUUCAGGUUGAAAACCAAGAGAGACAGAAUGCUGUUUGGCUUUUUUCUUUUGACUACAGGCUUUUUCCUGGAGUCGAGAUUGUGCUCUGCAGUACAACCAGAGCUGAGGAUUACAACUAUUAAGCAAGAGCCAUAUACCAUGUCCAAAGGCAACCAGCUGGAAGGUUUUUGCAUGGACCUGCUGUCUGAAGUAGCCAAAAAAGUGGGCUUUAAGUACAAAGUGCAGCUGGUAAAAGAUAAAUCUUACGGCAGACAGGACGAGAACGGCAACUGGAACGGGAUGAUUGGAGAGGUGGUGCGAGGGGAGGCUGACCUCGCCAUAGCUCCACUGACUCUCACUGCAGCUCGGGAGAGAGUCGUGGGUAUGACUAAGCCCUUCAUGCAGACGGGGAUCAGUAUUCUGCUGAGGAAGGACAUCUCAGAGGGAGCAAGCUUCUUUAACUUCAUGACCCCCUUUGCUCCGGAAACCUGGAUUGGCAUAUUUAUCGCCUACAUUGGAACAGCUGCUUGCAUCUUUAUUGUUGCCAGACUCAGUCCGAGUGAGUGGGGCCAGCCUCAGAGCGAGCAGAAUGGAUGCAGUUUCCUCCACGGCCUGUGGUAUGCAGUUGGAGCUCUGACUCUGCAAGGUGCAGGUCCUCAUCCCAAAGCCCUUUCAGGACGUGUCAUCUGCAGUAGUUGGUGGUUAUUUUCUAUUGUUCUCUUGGCCUGUUAUCUCUCCAACCUCAUCUCUUCCAAAACCUCAGAGUCCAGUCACCUGACAGUGAAUGGGUUUGAGGACUUGGCCAAUCAAGAUAAUAUUGAGUAUGGCUGCCUGGCUGGCUCUUCCACCCUUGCUUUCUUUAAGAAUUCAAACAACCCGGUGUACCGCAGAAUCUACGAACACAUGGAGCGAACAAACAGUUUUGUGUCCUCAAUGGAGGAGGGCAUCCAGCGAGCAAAAGAGGGUCACUUUGCCUUCAUUGGGGAGUCUGUGUCUCUGGAUUUGGCCGUGGCUCGUCAUUGUGAGCUUGUCAGAGUGCAUGAGGUCAUUGGCAUGAGGGGAUACAGCAUCGCUGCUGCUCUUGCUUCUCCCUUAAUAAAGAACCUCAGCGUGGCAGUGCUUCAACUGAGUGAGGCAGGUGAGCUGUCUUACCUGCGAAGCAAGUGGUGGGCCAGCAGCUGCAUUGCAGACAAGGCGAAAACUCCAGCAGUGCAGCCGCAAAGCCUCAAAGGGUUGUUCCUGAUCCUCGCUGUCGGCCUCGCUUUGGGGACCCUUCUGUCUGUCCUGGAGCUGACUCUGAAGAGUCGCAGGAGUGCAGCAGAGCAGAGGAAGCCAUGCUGCUCUGUGCUGAGAGAGGAGCUGAGUCUACGCUUGAAAAGCAGCAAACCGAGCACGUCCCAAGAAAAUGUGGACAAAGAAAAAGCUUAGAACUUGAGGAAACAACAAAUGUUUUUGUUUAAAUGGUGUGUUUAGACUUUGCUCCAAUAGAAACAUAGUUUAGCCCUUUUAAUCUAUUUACAUAUCUGCAUUUUCAACAAAAAAAAAAAUCACUUAAAGUCUCACAUUUCAUUAAAAGAAAUCAUUCAUUUUACUAAGAUUUCAAUGAAAAAGGGAUCAAAUUUAAGAAAAAUAGUUAUGAAUAGAAGAAAAACUGACUAACAUCAAACGUUUGUUCUCAGUAAAAUGCUAUUUUGUACAAUGAUGCAUCAAGCAGUUUUGUACAGUUGGCAGCAGCAUUGAGCAAUUUAAACAUUUCUUUUUACAUUCUAUGGCAAGCACAAGCGUGUUUUGACUGUAAACAUUCCAGCUGAACUAAAGUCUACUGAAAAAUAAAACACAACAAAAAGGA